AUGUUUAAUCCUAUAUUCGCUAAGCUGCUUCUUUCGUUACCAUUACUCACAAUCGGAACUGUCUCAGCGAAUGCACCACGAGAUGUCAACAAUACAUCAUCUCCAACAGUUAGUGUUUUAAACGGUACAUACUAUGGUACCUAUCUUCCAACAUACGAUGAAGAUGUUUUCCUAGGUAUCCCCUUCGCUCAGCCACCCGUCGGGGCGUUCCGUUUCAAUCCGCCUCAAUCUCUCAAUACCACCUGGGAUACUCCGCGCAAUGCCACGGAGUAUUCCCCUGAAUGCAUCGGCUACAGUUCCGAUAACUGGGUGUUAGGAAAUAUCAUCUCAGAAGACUGUUUAACUUUAAACGUUGUGCGUCCUAGUGGUAUCUCUCCAGAUGCCAAUCUGCCCGUAGCAGUCUGGAUUCAUGGAGGCGGUAAUACCGCAGGGGGAGCAAUGGAUCCACGAUACAACCUUUCAUUUAUUGUUGCACAAUCGGUGGAAGCUGAAACUCCAAUUAUUGCUGUGAGUAUUCAAUACCGAGUUUCUGGUUGGGGAUUCCUAUUUGGACAGGAAGUUCUCGAUGCAGGAAGUGCAAAUAUCGGAUUCAGAGAUCAGAGAUUGGCGCUUCAUUGGGUGCAAGAGAAUAUUGGAUUUUUCGGUGGCGAUAAGAAGAAAGUCACGCUUUGGGGAGAAAGUGCCGGCGCGACAGGUGUCAGUCUGCAGCUUAUCGCUUACGGCGGAAGAGAUGAUGGAUUGUUCAGAGGUGCUAUUACACAGAGUGGAAGUCCAGUCGCUGCGAAACGUCUGAGUAUUGAGGCUUGGCAACCGGUUUAUAAUAACAUUACUAUCGCAGCCGGAUGCUCGAAUGCGAGUGAUACGCUUGAUUGUCUGCGUACUGUUCCUACAGAACAGCUAAGCGCGAUAUUCAAUAGCUCCGUAACAGCAUCCGCAAGCUGGGGUAUCCAGAUUGACAACGACUUUGUGCAGAAAUCUGCUACCGCCCAGCUCCUUGCUGGAGAAUUCGUUAAAGUACCUCUCCUCACCGGUAGAAACUUUGACGAGGGAACUCAGUAUGCUACGAAGGGCAUCAACACAACCGCUCAGUUUUUGAGUAUGGUGCAGUCAUCAGGUCUCGAUAACGCCACGACAAACACAAUCGCAGCAUUGUAUCCCGAUAUUCCAGCGGUCGGAAUCCCAGCCGCGCUGGUGGGUCGCCCAUCAGCUAGCGAAGCAUCCCUGGGCGUACAAUGGAAACGCUCAGCGGCUUACGCAGGAGAUUUACAACAACAUGCGCCUCGAAGACUCAUGACACAAUCAUGGGCAAAGUACAACGUGAGCAGUUUUUCCUAUCGCUGGAACGUGUUGGUGAAUGGAGUUAAACUGUCAUUCGGUGCUACCCAUUUCCAAGAGGUAGCAUUUGUUUUCAACAAUACCGGAGGUGUAGGGUACGAGACUGUCGUUUCGCAAAAUCCGUUUGAGGGUGAACCGGAGACUUUCGAUGAGUUGGCUGUUAUGAUGAGUGGCAUGUGGAUCAGUUUUAUUGUGAACGGUGAUCCGAAUGCGGGGAAAUUGAGCAAUGUCUCCUGGCCAAAAUAUACACUUGAUGAUCCGAAGAAUUUCGUCUUCGAUGUUAAUGCGACGAAUUUGGCGUACGUGGAACCGGAUUAUUAUAGAGCGGCAGAGAUUCAGUAUAUUUCGGAUCGUCUUGUUACGGGUUAUGGAAGAUAA